CUGAGAGAUUUUUCAUUCAACAUUUUUUUUUUUUUUUUGAGAUGGAAUUUCGCUCUUGUUGCCCAGGCUGGAGUGCCAUGGCACGAUCUUGGCUCACUGCAACCUCCGCCUCCCGGGUUCAAGCAAUUCUCCUGCCUUAGCCUCCCAAGUAGCUGGGAUUACAGGCAUGCGCCACCACACUUGGCUAAUUUUGUAUUUUUAGUAGAAACAGGGUUUCACCAUGUUGGUCAGGCUGGCCCCAAACUCCUGACCUCAAGUGAGCCACUGUGCCCGGCCCAUUCAACAUUUUUCUAAGAUUCAUUCAUAUUGUCAAGUAUUGCUGUAUGAUAUUCCAUUGUGUGACUGUACCACAAUUAUUCUCCUGACAGUAAUUAUUUAGGUUGGUUCUAGUUCAUCUUUGAACGUUCUUGUAGAUAUAUCCUGGUACACAUGUGCAAGAGUUUUUCUUGGUUAUCUUCUGUCGAAUAACUUAACAGAAGAACCUCUGAAUUUUACAAAAAUGAUGAAACAGCAUUAUUUCCCUUGAGAAAUAUUACUUUCUUAUUAACUCAUCUUAAAUCAUACUGUGUUUAUUUAUACUAAUGGAAAACCUACCUUACAAAAUGUGCAGUUAACUGUUAUAACUUUUCAUUCAUUCUUUCAUUGAUUUAAUUUUAUACAGACAUUAAUGACUGUAAUAUGUUAGGUUUCAUGCUAGCAGGAAAAUAUAAGCAGUAAAGGAGAUAGACAAGCAAACCAACAAUUAAGUAAUAAUAACUAUUUAUUGAAAGCUUAUUAUGCCAGGCAUCGUGUUAAGCAAUUUAUAUGCAUUACCUCUAUAUUAGUCUGCUAAGGCUGCUGUAACAAAAGACUACAAACUAAGUGGCAUCAACAACACAAAUUUAUUAUCUCAAAGUUUUCAGGGCAAGAAGUCCAAGAUCAGUGUGUCAGCAGGGUUGUUUCCUUCUGGGGGCUUUGAGGGAGAAUCUGUUGCAUGCCUCCUUCCUACCUUUUGGUUAUUGGAUGGCAAUUUUUGACCUUCCUUGGUGUAUAUUAUCAGCAUCCUGAUCUCUGCCUUCAUCUUCAUGUCGUGUUCUUGCUGUCUGUGAGUCUGUCUUCAAAUUUUCCCUUUUUAUAGGGACACCAGUCCUACUGAAUUAGGACCUAUUCUGAUGACCUCAUUUUAACUUGUCAAACAUCCCAUCUCUAAAUAAGGUUAAUUCUGAGGUACUAGGGGUUGAGACCUCAACAUAUGAAUUUAUGAGGGGCACAGUUCAACGUAACAAUCUCUUAGUCUUUCCAACAAUCCUGUGUAACUCUGUCAAACUUUGAUGUGCUAGUCAUGUUAUAGAGUAUGUUGCUGUGUAAAAACCCUAGCUAUCAAAAAGUAGUUUCUGCCCAGGUCCAAAAAGAAUGGCAUAGACUCACUUUUCCCUGUUCCUUCCCUCUAAAUAUAACUAAAUACCCUGGAAAUUAUUUAGCAUACAAUUAUAAUUGGAUUAUAAAUGCCAGAAAGAAGGUGAGCUGGCUAGAGACCUCGGGACUUGAGAAAUAACACUGGGGUUCUCUGGGUUUUCUGUCUCCCAUAUAUCUUGGACUGGGUAUGAGAGAGGCCUGCAACCCAGAAUCACUAUAGACAAAAAACAAUAUUAAACAAGAAAAGCCUGCUCUUACUCAUUAAAGGACUGGAAAAGGGGAAUCCCAACAAAGAUAGGGAACCUCAACAUUUUCCUGACACCAGGGACCUGAUGAGUGAUUCAAGCUCAGGACAGUGGUGAAGCCUCAGGCUAUCCCAGCCCCACUCCACAACUUGUUCAUGGUACCUCCACCAUGGAAGUCUCCCAGCAACAGCCGGUAGCCCAGAGAAGCAACUUCCAUUCUCACAAGACAGCAGCAGCAGUGAUUGAACAGGAGCUCUGGAAGCACCAGAAGAAUGAAGCAGACCAGCAGAGUAUCACAAGUUUUCAGAAAACCGAACUGCAAUUGGAACUAAAGCCCACAAAAGUAGGCUAGAAGCCGAUUGCUAAACUUUGACAGGCUACUUCCUGCAUAAAAUAGAUUAAGCAGGACUGUGAGUCUUCUAACAUAAUAACUUGUCAAACCAAGCUGAAUGCAGCAAAAACACAAUUUGUGUGAGAAAUGACAUUGAUUUGACAUUCAUAUCAAGAUGAAUCAGAUGUAGGAAUUACCUGACAAGGGUUUUAAAGUUGCUGUGAUAGAAAUGCUUCAACAAUCAAUUAUCUUAAAUUAUCUUAAAAUGAUAAAAAGGGAAAACCUCAGCAAACAAAUAGAAGUUUUAAGGAAGAAUUAAAUGGAAAUUAUAGAACUGAAAAACACAAUAAUCAAAAUUAAGAUUCACAGAUAAGACUGAGUAGUACAGUGGAGAUGAUGACAGAAGAUAGAAUCAGUGAACUUGAAGACAUACCAGUUCAGUUCUCUAUCUGAACAACAGAGAGUAAAAAUUUCAGUCUCAAGAAUUUAUAGGACAAUACAAAAAUUUAACAUUGUAUCUUCAAAGCUUAAAGGACAGGAGAAAGUAUGUGACUGAAAAAUAUAUUUGAAGAAAUAAUGACUGAAAAUUUCUCACCUAUAGAUUUAAGAAGCUGAGCAAACCGUACAAUAAGAUAAACUCGAAUCCACACUAAGAAAUGUUUUUAAAAAGACAAAUCUGAAAAAUGGGAGAGAGAAAUGACACAUUCCAUAUGAAAGUACACCAAUUUGAAUAACAGCAGGUUUCUCAUCUGAAACCAUGGAGUUUAGAAGGAAGUGGUACAACAUUUUUCAGGUGCUGAAAGAAGAAAAAGUACUAUCAAUCUUUAAUUCUAUAUCUGACCAAAACUGUCCUUUUGGAAUGAAGUGGAAAUAAAGACAUUCUCAAAUGCAGGAAACUAAAAGAAUUUGUUUGUAAUAGAGCAAAAUUAAGUUACUAAGGACAAAGAGAUAAAAAGAGACAUAGUAACAAAAGAAUCAUGCACUAAGAAGUUAUUGCAAUCCUAAAUAUAUAUACACCAAAUAACCAUACUUUAAAAUAUAGAGAGCAGAAACUAACAGAGCUGAAAGAAGAAAUAAACAGGUUCACAAUUACAGUUGAGACUUGAACAUCCUGCUCUCAGCAAUUGAUAGAACUACUAGACAGAUAAUCAGCAAGGAUAUAGAAUAGCUAAACACCAUCACUAACCACCAAGAUCUAAUUUGCACUUACAGAAUAUUCCACCCCACAAUAGCAAAAUACACAUUUUAAGCACCCAUCAAAAAUUCAUCAAGAUAAUAUACUGAAUUAUAAAACCUUUACAAAUAUAGAGAACAGUGGAAUUAAACUAGAAAUCAGUAGCAGGAAGGUGACAGGAAAAUCUCCAAACAUUUAAAAAUUAACACACUUUUAAAUAAACCAUGGGUCAAAGAGGAAAUCUGAAAGGAAAUUUAGAUGUACGUAGAACAGAAUGGAAAUAGACACACAACGCACAAAAAUUUGUGAGAUAGAGCUGAAGCACUUCUGUGAGGGAAAUUUAUAGCACUAAAUGCAGACAGUAGAAAAGAAGAAAUGUCUCAAAUCACUGUAAAUUCCUAACUCAAAAUACUAGGAAAAAAAAAAGAGCAAAGUAUUCCCAAAUCAAGCAGAAUAAAGUAAUUAAGAACAGAUAUUGAUAAAAUUGAGACCAGUAAUACUAUAAUGUAAUGAAACAAAAAACUGACUCUUAGAAACAUAAAAGUGAAUUUGAUAAGUCUCUAGCAAAAUUGACAAAGAUAAAGAUGCAAAUCACCAAUAUCAGAAAAAAAUGGGUAUAAUUAUAGAUCUUGUAACAAUUAAAAGGAUAAAUUCAACUUUACAUUCACAAAUUCAACAACUUAGAAGAGAUGAACCAAUCCUAUAAAAAUCGUAAACUACCAAAACUUAGCCAAGUUGCCCUUUUGGCUCUCUGACCAGCACCAUGGCGGUUGGCAAGAACAAGCACCUUACGAAAGGCGGCAAAAAGGGAGCCAAGAAGAAAGUGGUUGAUCCAUUUUCUAAGAAAGAUUGGUAUGAUGUGAAAGCACUCGCUAUGUUCAAUAUAAGAAAUAUUGGAAAGACGCUCGCCACCAGGACCCAAGGAACCAAAAUUGCAUCUGAUGGUCUCAGGGGUCGUGUAUUUGAAGUGAGUCUUGCUGAUUUGCAGAAUGGUGAAGUUGCAUUUAGAAAAUUCAAGCUGAUUACUGAAGAUGUUCAGGAUAAAAACUGCCUGACUAACUUCUAUGGCAUGGAUCUUACCCGUGACAAAAUGUGUUCCAUGGUCAAAAAAUGGCAGACAAUGAUUGAAGCUCAUGUUGAUGUCAAGACUACCGAUGGUUAUUUGCUUCGUCUGUUCUGUGUUGGUUUUACUAAAAAACGCAACGAUCAGAUACGGAAGACCUCUUAUGCUCAGCACCAACAGGUCUGCCAAAUCCGGAAGAAGAUGAUGGAAAUCAUGACCCGAGAGGUGCAGACCAAUGACUUGAAAGAAGUGGUCAAUAAAUUGAUUCCAGACAGCACUGGAAAAGACAUAGAAAAGGCUUGCCAAUCUAUUUAUCCUCUCCAUGAUGUCUUCGUUAGGAAUGUAAAAAUGCUGAAGAAGCCCAAGUUUGAAUUGGGAAAGCUCAUGGAGCUUCAUGGUGAAGGCAGUAGUUCUGGAAAAGCCACUGGGUACGAGACAGGUGCUAAAGUUGAACGAGCUGAUGGAUAUGAACCACCAGUCCAAGAAUCUGUUUAAAGUUCAGACUUCAAAUAGUGGCAAAUAAAAAGUGCUAUUUGUGAAAAAACAAAAAAAAACUUAGCCAAGUUGAAACAGAUAUCUUAAAUUGUCCUAUAACUGUUUUAAAAGUUGAAUUCGUGAUUCAAAAGCUAUUGAAAAUCUCUGGGCCUAGAUGGUUUCACUGGAAAAUUUUACCAAACAUUCAAAGAAUUAACACCAAUUCGAUACAACACUACAAUUUGUUCCCAGAAGUAAUAGUGGAGUGAAUACUAAUCAACUCAUUUUGAGACUGUAUUACCCUAAUACCAUAACCAAAGACAGCACAGAAAAGCAAACUACAGACCAGCAUCUUUGAUGAAAUUAAAUACAAAAAUCCUCAAUAAAAUUUUAGUAAAUUAUAUCCAGCCCCAACCAAGUGGAAUUUAGUCUAGAUAUACAAGUAUUUUACAGUAUUAAAAAAUCAAUGUGAUUCACCAUAUCAACAGGCUAAAGAAGGAAAUUCAUGUGAUUACAUCAAUUGAUACAGAAAAUCUUUUGAAAAAAAUCAGCACCCAUUCAUGAUUUAAAAAAAUAAUAACUGUCAGCACACUAGAAAUACAGGGGAAUGUUCUCAACCUCACAAUAGGCAUCUGCAAAAACCCUGCAUCUAAUAUUAUACAGGUGGAAGACUGAAUGAUUUCCCUCUACAAUUAGAGAAAAGGCAAGCAUGUAACUUUUACCACUCAUAUUUGACAUUGUACUAUAAGUUGUAGUUACUGCAAUAAAGCAAGAAGAGGCAUACAGAAUUGAAAAGAUGAAAUAAAGUUGUUGCUAUUUCAAGUUGAUAUGAUUAUCUGCAUGGGAAAUCCCCAGAACUCUACAAAAAUACUCCUGAAACUAAAAAGUGAAUUCAUUAUAGUUGCAGGAUACAAGAUCAGUACACAAAAAUCAAUUGAAUUUAUUUGACAAUGAGCAAGUGGAAACUGAUACAAAAAAUGUAAUGCCAUUUACAGUUGUUCCAAAGAAUGUGAAAAAGAAUGCUAACAAAACAUAUGCAAUAUGAAAUGCAAUUAAAUGACAAAAUGCUGAUGAAAAAAAUCUAAGAAGUCCUAAAUACUUGGAGAGAUACAUUGUUUAUGAAUCAGAAGACUCACAAUAGUAAAAAGGGCAAUUCUUGUUAAAUUGGAGAGAUAAUACAAUUCUUACUAAAAUCUCAGAAAAUAUUUUUUAAUAUAGACAGGGUUAUUUUAAAAUUUAUAUGGAAAGAGAAGGACCUUAAAGUAACUAAAACAAUUUUGAAGAAGAACAACUUGGGAAGAAUAACUCUUCCUGAUGUUGAGGCUAACAUAUAGCUACAGUAAUCAAAACAGUGUAGUAGUGGCAAAGGGAUAGACACAUAGAUCAAUGGAACACUAUGGAGAGUCCCAGAAUAGAUGCACACAAAUAUAUAUGCCUAACUGAUUCUUGACAAAUACAUAAAAGCAAUUCAGUGGAGUAGGAGUAACCUUUUCAGUAUUAUUGUGGGAGGAAUUGGACAUCCAUAAGCUCUAUCAACCUUGACCUAAACCUCAAACAAUAUAAAAUAAUUACCUCAAAACAGAUCAUGGGCUUUCAUAUGAAGCUGCGAAACUUCUAAUAAAAAGAAAAGAAAA